ACCAGAAUUUGCUACAUACUUUGAAAACAGGAGUUUGUACUUGUGAUGCAAUAUUGGUAACUAUUGUGACAGGGUGACUCAGCAAAUUAUCAACAGUACUUAUUAUAUCAUUGCACAGAAACACAUCAGUAUAGACUGAAAACAACACUGAACAGGGACAUUUACUGAAUCUCACGAUGGCCGCAGCAACUGGUGAUGAACAUGUUCUAGAUUCGGUGAAGGACUACUAUGGGAAAGAGUUGAAGUGCACUGACGAUCUGAAGACUCCAACCUGCAAGACACCAUCUGUGGGGUUGCCAAAAGCAGUCCGAGAAGCGCUGGCGGAUGUCCAUGACGAAGUGGUGAAAAGGUACUAUGGGUGUGGUUUAGUGAUCCCUUCGAAGGUGGAGGGGAUGAGGAUACUGGACCUGGGCAGUGGGACAGGUCGAGAUUGCUUCGCCCUCAGCAAACUGGUGGGAGAGAACGGUUACAUUGUUGGGAUUGAUAUGACAGAUGAACAGCUGGAGAUAGCAAAUCAGUACAUCGAUUAUCACAGAGACAAGUUCGGCUACAAGAAGUCCAAUGUGGAGUUCGUCAAGGGAUAUAUUGAAAAGCUCACUGAGGCAGGAUUAAAGGAGAACAGUUUUGACAUCAUUAUCUCCAACUGUGUGGUGAAUUUGUCUCCCGACAAGAAAUCAGUGCUGCGAGAAGCCUACAAAGUUCUAAAGGUUGGUGGUGAGGUGUAUUUCAGUGAUAUCUACUGUGACCAGACCCUCCCGGAAUCGGCACGAAAACACAAAGUCUUGUGGGGUGAGUGUAUUUCUGGUGCGUUGUUUUGGAAAGAGUUGUUUAGUCUGGCCAAAGAGGUUGGAUUCAGUACACCCAGGAUGGUUUCCGUAUCACCAGUUCCCAUCACGCGACCAGACUUCAAAGAGAUCUUAGGGGAUGCUCAGUUUGUGUCGGCCGCAUACAGACUUUUCAAGUUACCCGAAACCAAGCAACCAGCCCGCCAAGUCAUCUACAACGGGGAGAUAACAGGACAUGAAUCAGAACUCAAGUUUGACUUUGCAGCAACCUUUAAGAAAGGAGAUGUUGUACCUGUUGACAGUGAACUGUCGACUAUUUUAGACAGCUCCAGAUACAAGGAAGAGUUUGAGUUUCAGCCGGCUGGCAAGCCAUGUUGUGCCCCCACUACAAAGAUGGAAUUGAAUCCAUUUGAGUACAUGGAAAUCCUGAAGAAAGAUGGCAAAUUACCAGCCUCUCCCUGUUGUUGCUAGGCAUCAGACAUUUCUCACCUGAUUAGUGCUAUGUAAUUAAUAACCACAGUAGUAAUCAUUUUAUUUCCAUGACAUAAGCUACUGGAUUAAAUCAAAGACUUUCCAUUUUAUCCACAAUGGUAGCUGGUUACUAUGAAUCCCAUACAUUUACCAUUAUAAAAUUAUUAAUCUACUCACAAAGACUUCUACAAAUUACAAGAACAAUCAGUACUAGCAAUGUAUUUUUUUAGUUUGUUUAAAAAUAAAACAGGUUUUGCAAACCAAAAUAGCAUCUCCCAAUGUCGGGUUAAAUUGAUUUUAGAUGUUGAGGCCUGUGGUAUUACAGAAGAUUGUAUCUAAGCAAAAUUGUCUUAGUUACUCUCUGCUUAGUGAUGGUUUGCAAUAAAAAAGGGACACAAAUGAAAUAAUAUAUAAUGUCUUUACAAAAAACAACUAGUUUGCAUUUGUAGAUUUUUAAUCUGUUCAUGGUAUAGCAUAAUAUUUAGUGCUAUAUAUUUUCCUGAAUGAAUUUGCCAUAAAUAGAAGCUUACAGGAAGAAGAGGUGUUGAACUGGACACGAGCACACAUGAAAAGUGACAUCUAUUAACUGGACAUAUUGAAUCGUAAUUAGGAUCUUAAAAUUGAAAAUAAGGAGUGGGUCGUGAAACUGUCCAAAUUUUAUCCCUAGACAUAUUCGAUAUUUCUUUUUUACAAAUAUUUUAAAAUUUUAUAUAUGUACUGAAUACAGCCCUCAGGUUAUGACCCCUCUCACUUCGCUUGAACAUGUUGGAAAGUAAUAACUUAUUAACAUACCAAUAUACUUUAAAUGGUCGUCUUUGAAAAAGUGUUAAUUUUAUAAGGAUGAUUUUCAGUUUGUCAGAAAAUGCUUAUUGCCGUUAAUGGGGGUGGGAUGUAGCUCAGUGGUAGAGAGCUUACUGGAGAUGUGAUGGGUAAUAGAAUUAAUAAUCCCAAAUUACCCCUCAGGGUUUUUCUGUACCAACAAGUGCCCCACAAGUACAUCAAAAGCAGUGGUAUGUACUGUCUAUGGGGAACUAGCUUACUGCAAUUUGGUAGUUGCCAUAUGGGGAAGUGUGUAUUAAAAAACCUCUUUUCUGCUAUUCGGUAGUUGCCAUUGUGGCAGCAUAGGCUCUCCUAUCAUUAUUUAGAAAGUGGUAAAAUAGUAUAUGUGAGAUAUCAAAUAGCCACAGUUUAAAAUGUGCUGAGAUGUCAUUGAACAUUGUCAUUGCCAUUAAUAUACGAGUGUAUACAUAAAGACUUAGUUUAUUCUUCAUAUACUUACUAUUCGGAUUUGAAAUGUAAGCAUUUGACUUCAGGAUAACGGUAUGUUUUGGUCCUAAAUUCAUUGAUCAGUACACUGGUUUUCUUUAAUUAAUAUCAGUUGUACAAUUGUAGAAUGGCCCUCAUUGUCUUUCAGCAAUAUUUUAAUCAUGUCCAUGAUAUAUGCUUUGAUAUAUAAUUACAAGUUUGUUAACACAAAUAUGAAGAAACUUUUGUAACAGAAUAAACAUUCCAUCUAUAAA